AUGUCGUCUGUGCAUUCUGAUGAUGAUCAAGAAGAGAUAAAUGUUGAUUCUGAUAGUAGACUGUCAGCUCAAUAUGAGAGAAGCAUUGCUUCUGAUAGAGAUUCCAUACAUAGUUACAACGAGAGAUACAGAGAAUCACCACACGAUCAUCUCACUGAUACCCAGCAGAGGGUAAACUUACCUUUCAGUAUAUCACGCUUGUUGGGUAAACAGUUUGAAGAUAUUGAUAAGAGGAAUUCAGCGGAGAGUGAUGAUAGAAGCGAUCAAGAUACUGAGUCUGAAGGGGCUAAAGAUGAUUCUAAAGAAGCUGGUCUAGCGUUGAACUUUAGCCAUAACCCGGGAUUGUAUCCUAACUCAAGUCUUUUGCUAAGGCCGGGAUUGAAUCUAGGGGCUGGUUAUGGAUUCCCGGGUAAUCCCGGAGUUGUUAGAGUGCCAGCACAUAGAGCGUUAGGGGCUUUGGGAGCGUGGGGCGUAGCCCUAGAUCCAAUGAGACAAGCGGCUGCUGCGGCCUUCGCCCAUCAAGUUGUGAAAGAUAGAUUAAACGCAUCAUUUCCAAUAACGAGAAGAAUCGGUCACCCGUAUCAGAACAGAACGCCUCCUAAGAGAAAGAAACCUAGAACAUCAUUCACACGUAUGCAGAUAGCUGAACUGGAGAAGAGAUUCCACAAACAGAAGUACCUCGCAUCCGCUGAAAGAGCUUCACUAGCUAAAACAUUGAAGAUGACGGACGCCCAAGUUAAAACGUGGUUCCAGAAUCGAAGAACGAAAUGGAGGUAUGUUAUGAUAUAG